AUGUCUGAUUUAGAGAAGAAACCUUCAGUGACGGAGAAAACAAUCCAGAUUCCAGACGGUGGAUACGGAUGGGUUAUCACAUUUGCAUUCUUUUUGUACAAUUUUUGUACCUGGGGUGCAAAUGCUGGUUACGCUGUAUACCUUGCUACAUAUUUGUCCCGUGAUGUCUUUCCUGGCGGAGGCAAGCUAGAUUAUGCUGCUAUUGGUGGUUUAGCAUUUGGAGUAGGAUUAUUAUUUGCGCCGGUGAUUAUAUAUUUCUCUAGAAAUUAUGGAGUUCAUGUUGUCAUUGGACUGGGUAUAAUUUGCCAAUGCGCCGCUUUAUUAUUAGCUGCAUUUUCCAAGAAGUUGUGGCAGAUUUAUCUUACACAAGGUCUGUUAAUCUCUUUCGGACUUGCAUUAAUCUGUACUCCAAGUAUGGGAUUAAUACCACAAUGGUUCAGAAAGCGUCGUACUUUAGCAGCUGGUAUUGGCGCCGGAGGCAGUGGUUUAGGUGGUAUUAUCUUCAAUUUGGGGAUGCAAAAGAUUAUUGAGGUGAAAAGUGUGAAAUGGGCGUUGAUAGUUCAAUGUAUCAUUUGUACUUCUCUCAGUACAUUGGCAUUGAUUCUAACAAGAACGAGAAACCAACACAUCCAUGGAUCUGCCGAACAGACACAACCUCUUGGGGCAGCAUUCAAAGAACAUAUCAGUGUUUUCAAGGUUGUGGGAAUGUGGGCGUUGUGCAGCUGGGUGUCGUUUACAAUGUUAGGUUACGUGAUUCUCUUGUAUUCACUAUCAGCAUUCACCCAAAGUCUUGGUUAUGAUUCUGAGGAAGGUUCUUACGUAUCGUGCAUGAUUAGUGUGGGUAGUCUAAUUGGGAGGCCACUCAUUGGGCACAUUGCAGAUAGAUAUGGCCCAAUUACAGUAGGUGCGCUCGUAAAUUUAGUGGUGGCAAUUUUAUGUUGGGCCAUGUGGAUUCCAUGUAGGUCUUUAUCUGUUGCAAUAGUGUUUGCUUUAUUGCAAGGUGGUUUAAUGGGGACAGUUUGGGUUAUUUUUGGCUCUGCGACAGCAAGGGUUGUAGGAUUGAAAAAAAUUGACAAAGCGUUCAGCGUCAUGUGGAUUUUCAUUGCAUUAUUCGGAAUACCUGCCCCUGUCAUUGGGUUACAAUUACGUUCUAAUGUGGCAAACUCAAAGACGAACUAUGAGAAGACGGCUAUUUUCACUGGCUUCGCAUUUUUAGGAGCAGCUUUAUCUUUGCUAUGUCUAAGGGCAUAUAUCCUCAGCAGAGACAAGGUAGCAAGUAUACAUGCAAAAGGUGAAGAUUCUAUGGAUCAUGAUGAAACACAUUACAGCGUUACUUUACCCUCAUUCUUCAAUGGAUUAAUCAGCAAGAAUACCGGCAAUAGAACUAUCUGA